AUGAAAGUGGAUCCAGUCACUCCCAAAUCUGUGACUCCUGAACCUCCUUGUACUGAAAAGCAAUGUUCAAAUCUUGACCUAGGACAAGAAUCACAUCACAUUCCUCAGGAUGAGAAUCUAACCUACGUCCCUUCCAGGUUCUCAGAUCUUGGAUGUGGACCUGACUUGCCCAAAUUUAGACGGACACAUGCAGCAGGUGCAGUGCAGGGAAUGUCAUUCCAUGAGGAGUCUGACCCAUCAACACCCUACAAAAUUGUAGGUGUCUAG